GCUCUGGCUCUGGUAUCUAACAGUAUCCAAAGAGAUGGAUGUGCUGUUGAGAACCUCAAAAUGGAUGUAUCACAGGUGCAGUGUUAAAUGUUUUAAGCUUUAACCCUAUCAUAUGGUCAAAAAAACAGUAAACACCCGCAUAUAAGGACAAAUGAAUAAAGAACCUCAGGCUGAAAUUUGGCCCAUAAAGCACCAUAUAUAUAAGAAACUGUUCAGCCUGAUAAAUUAAACACGUUCUUAUAUAAUAAGAGAGAGCGUGUCGGAAUAAGAAAGCAAUGUAACUAUUGUUGCUUUUGAGUUAGCAUGACUGUAAGAAAUAUUUUUAAAAAUGUUGAAACUAAUGUUACAUUUCUACUCAUUAAUGUUAACUAGUUUACUACCGGACAAAUUUUUGUUUUAUUUAUUUAUUUACUGAUUUGUUUACGUACCUCCUUAUUUAUAAUAAAAUAUGCAACCUAAACCUCUAGUAACAUGUUAUAUGUACCUGAAACAAAGUUUAAGAACACAUUAAGAACAUCAUCAGGCUGAUUUCUCACUAAGCACCUGAUAAAUAAGAACUAGAUCAGUCAGAACCCCAAAAUCAUGUGUUCUUAUAUACGGGUGUUUACUGUAUGUAGAAAGAGUUGCUAAGUUAGAAAAAAGUGCCAGUUUGAUAUUUCUUUGUCAAACUAGAGUACAGCUAAAAUGCGUUUUGUCCUGAUAUAAUAUUCGCUGAGAUCACAUGAAUUCUUAGUGACAUAAAAGAGAUCAAUAAGCCCCUUAGCCUUCCACGCAGACAUUCUUUUGGCCCAUCACACAAUCCUCCGAAACAAAUUAAUCAAGAAACACGUGACAAGGCCCUAAAAAAAUCUGCCUUGAAUUUAGGCCAUACGCCCUUCCUUAUCUCAGAGAGCCUGAAUACUGUGGGGGUGUGUUCGAGCAACUCGCUCGCUACACGACGACGUACCAGGAAUCUGAUUUACAUCUUGCCUUUAUUCUUCUUAAUCUUCUUACAACUUCUACUUACACAGCAAGUUUCUCGGCUCUACUAACUUCUCUACUUCUACUCUACUUCAAUUAUAGUAGCGGUUUUAAUAGCCAAAGCUUUUAAAGAUAUCCUCAAUAAAGACUAUUAUUAUUUAUUUAUUUAAACAAGACUUAAUGAAGCAAAAACUAAACUUAAAAGAUAAGAUAGAUCCGUCUUAAAGAUAACUUUCAAAAUACUUCACAACAAUACCGUAAAUCCUCUAUUAAGCCCCCUCUCUCAAAUACACCAACCCUCCCCUCCCCUCCCCCCCCCCAACCAUUUGAGAGGAAGAAAGUUUGGAUCAAUUUAGGUUUCCGUGAAACUGCCCACCUACCCCUUCCCCAAGCUAACAUUAAGACUUACUUCUCACUUAGGGAAAAAAGAUGGUUUAGGGGAGGUGUAGGUGGGCUGCUGCCCAUAAGCCUAAAAUGAUCUGAAAGGGAUCAAGUUUCAGCCACCCUUCCUUUUAAGGGCUAUGGAACUUGCAAAAGUACUUCAUGUCAACCAAAUAUGUCUCUUAAGCAUUAUAUCAAACGUUUCAAAAGACAAAAACGAACUUUUCUUAGGCUAAUACUUUUUCAAAAACAGUAAUUGCCAUCUGUCUCACUCGUCUUAAGUUUAUUCUCUUGAUGUAUUUGCUAUCGUAUGUUAAUUGUACCUUCGUUUCACGUUAUGAGCAGUUAUUUAAAUAUUUCACUCAAUUUUGUGACGGUUCCCUUUGUUUGAAUUUUGAUAUAUUUUAAUGUCACAGCUCCUUUAAGCCCCGGCUACCUUGGUCGUUCAUCAAAACUACAGUUGAACCACUCUACAACGGCCACCUUGGGGACAGAAGAAAGUGACCAUUGUAGAGAGGUGGCCGUUAGUGGAGGCUCCACUGUAUAACGGCCACCUCUCUCCAACGGCCAUUUUUUUGGCGGACAGUCCAUACAUUCACUCCCGUUUCAACCUCUCUACAACGCCCACCUCUCUACUAUGGCCACUUUCGUCUGUCCCCAGGGUAGCCGUUGUUCAACGGUAUCAAGACUCUCUGCCAACCUACCUCUCAAUCCAGCAAAUUUGAUUCUAUCACAUCUGAACCACAGAGGUCUUAUUUUUACACGAUUUGUAUUUUAGGAGCUGAAGAAUUCUGAAAUUGUCCAGAGAACGAACGACAUUCCUCCAACGCUACAGCACGAGAAUAUGGCUCCACAGGAGUAUUUUCGGCGUCUGGUGGAGUCAUUUAAAGAAAGGAUCCUGAUUUAUAGAAAACAGAUAGAAAUCAUGGAGACUCACAUGGCGUCACUAUCACAAGGCCAAACGCUCACUCCUCAAGGUGCGAAUGAAGCUGAGGCAGGGGUAGAUAUCUAGAAAAUGCUGUCAUGCUUACCCUGCACAGAUGUCUGAAACUUGCGCUGAAACCCUGCCACAGCUUUGCUUACUUACUUUGUUCCCUUGUUUUACAUUAGGUAUCUUUUAUAAACUUCUAAACGUUCUGACUUUUUAAGCACAUUUCAUUCCUUGUUUUACUGUCGAUUGUUGUUUAAGGGAGAUUAAACGUCGGCGACGACAACAUGUGCUUUACUAGCCCCCGUGGCAAGCGCAUAACGAAAUAUUAAUUAUGGGGCGCGAGAUAAGCGAUUCGCACCAGAGAGGAGUACUUUUAGAAGGGCGCGCCCUCCCUUUCUCGCAACUAUCGUUGCGGUUCUUAUUUGCGCUUUCAAAACUUCGCUUUAAGUGAAUUCGUGUGCUUACACACUUUCAACCCGCUCAAUAUCAAGUUAGGUGAGAUUUCCUGGAGUUGAAUUCGUACAGACUUAGGCCUAAGUUCAGGGCGAGAAAUAAGAAAUGCCCGUCCUGUGUUUACCUCCUCCAUAAAUCGUCGCACCAGGAAAUUUUACGUCACGUACGAUGGCAGCAAAGAAACGUACCGAAGGUGUGAUGUAAGUGCAGAGUUGUUUUGUUUGCCUUGUGAAACCAAUUAAUUUUUUGUCGAUCUCGUUGCCGUCGCCUUCGUCGUCGUCUUUACUUAAACUCUUCAAUGAGAAUUGUAGUAGAAUCCCGCAAUAUAGGCACCUCUAUAAUGUGAACAACUCUCUACGGCGGACCUUUGUACGGCCCUCCCCUUCACUCCCCUCCCCUCCCCCAAACAACAGACCGGACUUCUUACAGUGUUGAACUCUAUAAUGCAGACACCUUUGUAAUGCGGACAGUUGGGUCUUUGGUCUGUCCCCUUGACUCUGGUCAAACCUCCCCCUACGAAAAACUCUAUAGUACGGGCACCUCUGUAUUUACCUCUGUAAGACGGACAUCUCUGUGUCAACUGGUUCCAGAGAUGCCAAUUCACACAAUCCCUUCCUCUGUAAUAAGGACAACGCUGUAACGCGGACACUUGCCUCUGUCCCUGUGGUAUCGGCAGUGACAAACCGCGACCACAUUGUUUCCCCCAAACAGGAAAGCCCCUCAGAACCUCACUAAUGCUGCCAGGUUGUUUGGCCUUCGAGUAGUCGCAUGAAGUGGUGUCGUUGGUUUUUCUAUAUCUUAUUAUUAACUUCGGGCUUUUAUUUAAAUGUGGUAACCCUUCUUCACCCUUACCAUUUUCUAGAUCUCUCUGAUGUCAUGCACAAGCUCCUUGAAACAUUUAUCGCCUUAGCAGCACAGCCUCAUAAAAAUCACGAUGCCAUCAAGGUAAAGCCUGGUUUCGUUAUAAGCCAACCAGCUACAAUCUUGGACAAAACUGUUGAGAAAAUUGCGUACUUGGGGAGCAUUUUUCUAAACAUCCUAAAUGUACCGAUUCUUCCCUCUCCCCCUCCCCCUGAAAGCAAUGUUGUGUGUUCAAAAGAAAGACUGAUCCCUGAGCGUUUGUUGUGGGAAGCAACAUUGAACUGGGGGAAGGGGAUUUCUUUCCUCAAAGGCAUUGUUUUGUAAAUAGUUAUUAUCUCAAGUAGUUUUGUGCGGGAUUGUAGCUUGUUUCAGGGACUUAGGUAGUCGGAAGGAGAAAAAUAGAAAGAGAGCGCGGAAAAAGGCAAGAUAGAGGACUAGGAAAAAAGGUGGAAUGGAGAGGGUUAUUCCGCCCUGUCUCUUCCCAGCCCUUGUCUGUUGUGUCUUGCGUCCGCUUUUCUUUUCGCUUCUCUCGACUGAGCCGACCUAGAACAGGCUAACAGCUGGAUAAAAUAUGAACCCCGUAUCUAUCCAGGCGAUUAUGAUUUCCUUUGCCUAGUCCCUUUACGGCGUUUUCCCAGGCCUUCUCCGUCAAUUCACCUGGUGACGCAUCCGAGGCAAACAGGCAGACCACGUGACCCGAAACGUAUUCGCCGCGCGGAAUAAUGAGGCUUACCGGACUAGGUAAUGAUUUCCCUAAAUUGUCCCGAUUACUCUCCAACACGUCAGAAUUAUGUGCAUAUGAUCGUCUUGUUCGCCUGAAAACAACUUGAGGAGGCGCAGACGAUAAAAUGGAAACUGCGCUUUAGGUUUGACAUACUUAAGCAAACAGGGCUCGUACGAAUCAUGAAAGUCCUAGAAAACGAUCAACAUUGUACGAACUCUGAACAAAGAAAACAUUAAAUGGUUAUGCUGCAGAAUAAACAUUUACACAUAAAUUAGUUCAGCUUUCGGUUUAUCAUGACAGUGAUGUUGUCGUAAUUUGAAUGAAAAAACAGACAUUUAUUGUGUCAGUAGCAACAAAAAAUGUCCUAGUUUUCUUUAAAAAAAAUACCCUGUGCACGCACCAAAACUAUUUACCUUCGUCUCUUACCGCGGAUAAUGAUUUUGGAAGUGGAUUGCAACUUAACUAGUAAAGCUAACCUUUUCAGUUAGCGUUAUUGAGUGUUGGAUAAUUUUUGAUUUUUUUCCGUCUUAGAAUUCUCGUGAAAAUUAUACAAACACGUUUCUUGAUCGUACAUUAUUGACCUUUCUUUCUUUCUUUCUUUCUUUCUUUUUUUCAUCUGAAAUCAUUUUUUCUUUCUUUUUUCUCUUGAAGAUAUUAGCGUAUUAUUAAAGAUGACAUAAAUUUAACAUUGUUGUUUAUUUACUCCAUAUAGUUUGUUUGAGACUCCGAUAUUACUGCGCUUUUCUUAAACACGCGAACUCUGAAGUUCAAAAGCGCCUUCACAAAUGGGAGUUUUUCACUGCUGUCAAUCAUAAUUAGGAUGACAAGCAAUGAACCUUGAAACACAAGCACACAAAACGGAUCGAAAUCCACUUAUCACAAAUCACAAACCAUAACCUUUUCAAUCCGUUGAAGUAAACUUCUGUUUCCCAAGAGUCCCGCUAAGAUGAUUGACGGUAAACGUGAGUUGGCUUUUGAACUUCAGAAUUUGGGUGUUUAUGAAAAGCGCAGUGAGAGCUUAAAGUUAUAACGAGUAUCUGAAUCAUUUUUUUAAUUAUUGCGCCAGGUUCAAAAGGAACAAGCUACUUGUGUUGAACAUAAUAUACUCGAUCUACCUACGCAUUCAUAAGGGUUCUUUAGACGGUUUUGAUCUAAUACCCAACAUUCUGCAGUGUAGCGCGUAAACGAAAAUAUAUUGAAGGAGUUUCAAUCUUAACGUUUACGGACGACUUUUCAUACAACGCCUUUUAUUGCGAGUAAAUUGUACGUCCAGGCGCACGUAAAAAUUACUCGACAGUGGAAUCUACCUUAACAACAGAAUGUUAGGGCAACCUCAGUCCGAACUCCUGGUACACUGCGCGAAAAUACCAGGUAGAAAAGUUGACGAUUAGUUCAGCAAACAAUAGCACGGCUUUUAGAAUCGCGAAUCAGGAGGGAAGCGUAAACGCGUCGCUCGCUAUAUAAGAAGCACUAAAUAGUAUUUCUUGCCACUUCUUAAGCGCAUGAAGCAAGAUCCACGUUCGGAUCAUGAUUCACGUUCGCCUGCGAACCAUAUCUGAAAAGUAAUGCCUGUUCUACGGGCGUUAGCUUUUGGUUGGUUUACCGUAAACGUACAUAUUAUUUGUUGAGCGAGCGGCGUUGCCUUAAGACAAGGCGGUGCAUGAAGCGAUUGGGCGACUCGUUUGUAAUCUCCAGCGCCUAUAGUAACUCCUUGCGCGAAGGCCAACGCGAAUUUAGCGCAAAACGGCAAGAAGAGAACUGUGGCAGGCUGGUAACCAUUCGCAAGUGCCAGUUUUGCGUGGAACUCUGUUAAGUUCGUUUUCAGCUGUGUAAGUUAAACAGAAAUGACUAACUGUAUUGUGGAGGUAUGUAUUUAAAUACGUAGUAGUAUUAGGUACUAAGUAGUUUGUGUUGUCUAACCUUUAAAUAAUAGGGAGCUGAGGCAACGACGACGACGACCACAACGACGACUUCAAAAAAACAAUAGGUUUAAUGAGCAAAACAACAGCUCUGCACGUGCAUCACGCUUUUUAGUAUAUUUCUCUGACGUCCACUGCACGACUACGACGUGAAACCUUCUAAUUUGCCGUUUUCUGGAGGACGUGAACAUACAUGUACGACGACGAAUUUUCCUUCCUCUUUUUGAACCUGAAUAAAAUCCUUAAGAAUUCAACCCCAGGAAAAGUCGCCUACAUUUGACAUAUUGAGCGGGUCCAAUUAGACGCGAUUAAGUUUGAAAGAACGCAAAUUCAUUUUUUGACCGACGUUUUCACUGUCGUCGUCGUCGUCCUUGCUUAAGGUCCCCAACAUCCUGGAACUCGUGACACUCAGGCCAAUGAGCACACUGUCGCAAGUUACGUGUAACCGCACUCACCCAUAUUAAUCAUUUCCUCCGUUAUAGCAGGGGCUUCAUUCACGCGCACGCGCGCCCUCACGCACAUUAAAAGAGCAUUUGUUGAAAGUAAAGUUAAGCAUUUCUGUUGAAAAAAAGAGAUACUAUAGUGGAACCUCUCCUUUAGGACUCCUCCAUUCAGGGGACACAAAAUAAAUUUGGUCCCAGAGAAAUGCUCAUAUAAUCUUUGUAUUUGUUACCUCUAUUGAAGGGACACCUCUAUUCAGGGGGAAGGGACACUUUUUCUGGGCCUUAAAACCUGGGUUUAACUUCCAAACAGGGGACACCUUAGCAAUCAAAGAGUGAUUUAGUUUAAGUGUUCAUUAGUCACAAUGACGAGUGCCUUCCAGAAACUGUUUUCAAAAAUGAAUUAACUCAUGUACUGCACUUGUGGGAAUUCAGCACACUACAUUGCAGAGAUAAGUUAUUCAUGAUCUUUUAUGCAUUAUCUAGCUGCUUGAAAUAAUGACUGCAGCAGAUUCCACAGCCUGCAAGAGCAGACUCCUUUUUCGGCUCUAAUAAAGGUAUCUUAUUUGUUGUUUAAUUUUUUUUACGAGCCUCAGCCCAACCUCCAUUCAGGGAACACUUUCCUUGGUCCCAAGGGCGUCCCCUGAAUACAGGUUCCAGUGUAACUGAUAAAAUGAAUUUCUAUGGUAUCCGCGGUGCUCCGUUAACUUGGCUUCCCAGUUAUUUAGCUCACAGAGAACCGUAUGAUAUGGUUCAUCAUCAUGUCUCUUUAUUUAACAAUGUUGUGUGUGGCGUUCCCCAAAGUACUCUUCUUUGGCCUUCCCCUUUUCUUCUAGUACAUCAUUGAUCCUUUUCACUCUUCGAGUCACCUCUCAUUAGUCUUCUGCGCGUAUGAUACUAAUAUAUUUGUUCGUCAUUAAGACUAAGCUUCUUAAACAAAUAUUAAUCAACAGCUCUUUCUUGUUUCCUUUUGGUUUAAUGCAAAUAAACUCACUGUCCACCCUGAAAAGUCUACGUUCAUUACUCUUGCUAUUUUUUUUUAAUCCACAUCGCAAACAGAUUAUCCCCACAGUAUAAACAUCUUAAUAAAUGAUUCUCCUAUAGCUCGUGUGCAGAAGGGAUAUUCCUUGGAAACCUGUCGUGGAAACUCCACGUCUCCUCCAUUUACGGUAGUCUAAAGAUAGAUAAAUUUAAAGUAAAUCAAGACGAUAUCUACCUUCGGAUUACUACUACAAUCUAGGGUAUUCUGUGUACUAGCCUGCGCGGCGUGCGGGAUUGGCGGGAGAGUGUUGCUGUUUUUUGGCGGCCGAGCGCCGGAAACGCAACAAGUUUGGGAGUAAGUCAAAUUGAAAUUUCCCUCGCGGCUCCUCCGCCAAGAGAAAACCCCGCGCGUAACAAUCCUGCCAGCUACACAAGCUAUCCGUAUAAUCACCCUAUCUCCAGUCCUCCACGUACAAAUUCUAAGCCUCUCUCCUACAAGCUUAAUAUUCUUUCUCUCUAUUCUAUCUUUAAAUUCGAUGUCAACCUGCUUUGUAACAUUUCAAUAACUCUCCAGGGGUAGGGUCGGAGGGAUCCGAACCACCCACAAGAUAUAGGACAAAAUUGGUUUAUCACCAGUCAUAACAGACGAAAAUUUCAGAGAUGUGUCCUUUACGAGUAGAACGUCACAUGUUGGCUGUGCGCGUCAUCUAAGCAAGGGUCUACGUAGUAGAGACUAAUGAAGUGUCUAGGAAGAGGGGAAAUAAUUUGCAUCGACGGUGUGCACAAGAUAGACCCACCCUCUCCCCCUUUCCCUUAAGGAAAAUUCCUCGAUCGGCCCCUUCUUUACCAGCUACUCUUUCCUCCUUCGGACGCUUUUGUCUUGGUUAUAACACGUAGGGUAUCGUGUAUUCCUUAUGUCGUAUCUUUUGCCUCAGAUUUAUUUGUACAACCUUCCUGCUCAGAUCUCAGAUUGUUUGUCAACACCUUUUUAAAACUCCACUUCUGCAUAGCAGCCCAUGGAUAGUAAAAAGAGUAAACUAGUAUCCAUGGGUAGUCAUGGACUGUUGAUGGUAAAAUACACGGUUUUUUCAGUAUGUGCAAUUAGAUUAAGAUUCACGUUUACGCCAAACGUCAGAUUCAAGUUAAGAAUUUCUCAGAAUAGAAAAUAGGCAGAUAAAAACUGUCCAGAACAAUUCUUAUGGAUAAAACUGGCGUGAAAGUACUUAUUUCUCAGUAGAAGUAAUAAAUAGUAAACGACAAAUACGGGGGAAAACUUGGUGACGUAGUACAAAUUCACGUUUCCCGUUUGGCGUUAACUUGAAUCUAAUCUCUCUAAUAGUUUUCUCUCGUUUUGUUGUUAGAACACGGCUAACGAUUUACCACAAGUUUCACAUACAAAAGAAAAAUCAUUUUAGAGCCAAAGACCAUAAAAUUCUUAAAGACAUUUAAAAUCUUGGCAGUGCCUGGGCAGCGACUGGACCGACCGUGCGAUAAAAUCAAGUUCCUUAAAAUAAGCGUCGUUCUUCACUUUGCGAUGAAAAACAGAAAAAUGGCCCGUCAAAUGAGUCGAGUCAGUGUUCCAAAGAAUAGCGGCUCUAUAGCUAAUAGAGUUUUUAAGAAACUGCUAGUUAAAACGUGGGACGAUUAUGCUAUUUCUUUUUCUGAAGUAGUACGCAGUGCAAGGUUUUAUUUGUCGAAAAAAUGAAAGAGUUGCAGGUGCUUCACCUACAAACAUGCUAUGGAGAAGUUUAAGUGAUGGAAGUUUUUAAUAGGUUACAUCAACGCGCAAUCUUCUUUAUCAAGAAAAUCUCAGUCAUGGGUAUCGCUUUACAUAUUCUUGAGCCUUCGCCAAAGUCAGCCUCAAUAUUCUUAAAAUAAAAGAAACUUACAAAAAAAGGAGUAGAUGAAAUACUUCGUCCCUAGGCCUUUUGCCACGCAUUGUGUAUACUCCGGAGCCCUGAAAGAGCAACUUUCAAAACUUACUCAUUAACAUUUUAAUUAUACAGCUGCUCCCAGUUGUUCAAAAGUUGAAUAACGCUAUCCACUCCACUACAAAGCGAAAUUGGUUUCACUAUAAUUCUUAUCCGCGGGAUAGUGAUUUAUCCGGUAAAUAGCGCUAUCCAACGUUUGAACAAGCGGGACCUGGUAGUUAAUCCGAUAUUGUCGGCAUAGCUAUUAUCCUUUAAUUUUUAAAAAUUAAAUUUUAAUGUUUUUAAUUUAAAAAUUUAAGAAUUUUUUCAAAUUUCUUUUAUUUUUUAUUUUUUUUAAAUAAUUUUUUUCUAAAAAAAAUUGUCGAAUCAAGGAUUAAUAUGGAUAGUUUUAAAAAGGAAUUUCCUAAUGAAAAACGAAAACUGUCCAAUUAAUUUAAGAAAAUAGGGCAACCUGUAUGAGCCAAUCAAAUCCAAGAACAUACAAUAAGUAAUAGAAAGUAGCCAAUCAGCUUGAAGCAUUGCGUUCGCGCGGUAAACGGGACAUGUUUGAUAAAGUAGCCUAUCUUUCAAUAUGAAUGUUUCAUGAACUUUUGAUUAUAUUGUACGUAUACAAAUUAAGUAAAAAAAUUUUACAUAUCUGGGUAGUCGUAUCCCCCAUGACAACUGGGGAAGAGGACAUAGCUACGCUUACCGUAUUUACUUGACUAAUCGCCGCCCUCGAAUAAACGCCGCACUUAAUAAAAGGAAUCCGGCGCUUUCUCGAUGAUUGUUAGUGAUUUGAGAAAUUCGAUUUUGAAUAAAACGCCGCCUUUGAGUAAAUACCGCAUUGGAAACAUCGCCGCGUUUAAUGGAGUGAAGUAAGGUAUCCAACAGCUUGCAAAAGACCGAGCUAAAUCUCUUUAUGUGGUCGCGGAAGAGCAUUAAGUAGCUAAGUACAGUUAAACCCCGUCAAUACGGACACUGAUAGCCUGCGAACAGCAGAGGCAUUUCCUAUCGUCGCUUCUCUCAAAUGCGUCUGCUGUUCGAAGGCUAGGACACUGAAGGGUCCAUAGCAAGUGUCCGUAUUGAUUAACGGGAUGUCCCGCGGGUCAUGUUAUCAAUAAACGCUGUUCGGUCAAACCCUGUUAAUAUGGACACUGAAGGGCCCCAUAGAAAGUGUCCGUAUUGAUUAACGGGAUGUCCCGCGGGUCAUUUUAUCAAUAAACACUGUUCAGUCAAACCCCGUUAAUACGGACACUGGAGGGGCCACAGUAAGUGUCCGUAUUGAUUAACGGGAUGUCCCGCGGGUCAUGUUAUCAAUAAACACUGUUCAGUCACACCCCAUCAAUACGGACACUAAAGGGUCCAUAGAAAGUGUUCGUAUAAACGGUGUGUCCGUUUCAAGCGGGUUAUGUUGUUGAAUCAAAACAACACCUUUUGUUAGUACAAAUUUUUAAAGAAAUAAAAGAGGACUUUAGCAUCGUCAAUUAAACGUGUCUAACCUUCACAAAACCUUAAUUCCACGGACUAAAUCCACGGAAUUACUCAAAAAUCGCUCAUCUUUAUGUUAAUCAAUCAAAACCGCUCUCUGCGUAACUCUUUUGAUGCCAAAGUAGCCCCUAACAAUUAGACGUCUACAGACAUGCUGUCAACUGAAAGAUUUUAAACCAAGAAGGAAAGGUUGACUUUCUGUAGAAGAAUCUGUAAUUAGCCAAGAAAUAAGUGUUCGUUUUCCGCAUUGACAGGUGUCCAUAUUAAGCGGACAGUCACACAAAGUCUCGAAUUUACCAUUCUGUACCCCUCAGAUAACUAAGCCGUAUAAAUAUCACGUAUGCUAAAAUUCUACGAAAACUGCAGUUACAGUCAACUCCCGAUAACUCGAACCCUCAAGAGAAAUCGAAAAAAGUUAUCGCCGAGCUCGAAGAAAAAAGCCGGGAGUUUCCAAGGAAAAAAAAGUUUUUACUACGGGGGCACCCUGCAGGAAAUUUUGAGAAAAGACCUAAAAAGAGCAACAAAAAAUGAACAAAGCUUUCUGAAGCCAUUUUAAGCAUUUUGGGAGAUUUCUGAGAAAAAGUUAUCAGUUCCUCACUCUCAGCAAGACUGAUGGAAGAGUUCCCAGGCAGCAAGGUGCACCUAUAACCUGCAACCUGACUUACUGGGAAGUUUCCCCUCAGACGCCAUGAAUUGUCUAUUUCAUCUUUCUAGCAACACUUUCCUUCCAAAGACAUAUUACUCGUUCCAAAUCUCCCAGGCACCAAAAAUUUUCGUUGAAGAGCAGAUACUUUGAGGAACAAAACCAUUGGGUGCCCCUGUCACUACACAGUGAACAUUUUAAUCGCAAUUAGUGUGUAAAUUGAAAGAUACUUCUAGACUAUAAAUAAGAACGUAACGUAACAAAAAGUCUAAAAUAAAGCAUGCGUUUUACUGUUUUGAGAUUCAUGACACAUCAGUCUUCACCAGUAAACUAUAUGCCUACAACACGUAAUUAAAUAGGAAAUUCAAACCUCAAUGUUUCGGACGCCAGUCCACUAUUUUUUCCGUCUUUUUAAGGGCUCAAAAAUAAAUUAAAAUAACAGUAAAUGCUUAGUGUAUGAAGGAAAUCCAGGGGAAAUCGAUUUUGGUUCGAGUUAGCGCGAGGUUAGAUAACAGGGUUCGAGUUAUCGGGAGUGAACUGUAUUUGAUUCGUUUAAUGCAAACAACGACGCACUAGGUUAUCAAUUAAUAACAUUAUUAGAAAAUGGAGAAUAGUCAUCUUAGCAACACCUUUUGCAAAUAGCAAAUUCGAAAUCAGUUUGAUCCGGUCCACGCUAUUGUGACUGAUUCAACUGAGUACGGUCAUGAUGAUCAGGCGCCUGCUGCUGGGAAUCCAAAACACGCUGCACAUCAGCUAAUAAACGGAACAAUUCCGUAACGUCAACAUGGUCGGGUCCAAGCUUAUUCCGUUUUAUCGACACGGCAUGUUCAUAAUACUCCUUGGCCUGUUGAAAGUCAUUCCAGUGGUGAUGUAGGAUACCUAUAUUAUGGUAAGUACCUGCGACGUCGACAUGGUCGGGUCCAAGCUUGUUCAGUUGUAUGGACAAGGCACGUUCAUAAUACUCCUUGGCCUGUUGAUGGUCACCCAAGUCGCCAUGUAGGAUACCCAUACUAUGGUACGUACGCGCGACGUCAACAUGGUCGGGUCCAAGCUUAUUCAGCAGUAUGGACAUGGCACGUUCAUAGUACUCCUUGGCCUGUUGAAAGUCAUUCCAGUGGUGAUGUAGGAUACCUAUAUUAUGGUAAGUACCUGCGACGUCGACAUGGUCGGGUCCAAGCUUGUUCAGUUGUAUGGACAAGGCACGUUCAUAAUACUCCUUGGCCUGUUGAUGGUCACCCAAGUCGCCAUGUAGGAUACCCAUACUAUGGUACGUACGCGCGACGUCAACAUGGUCGGGUCCAAGCUUAUUCAGCUGUAUGGACAUGGCACGUUCAUAGUACUCCUUGGCCUGUUGAUGGUCACACAAGUAGCGAUGUAGGGUGCCCAUGUGCUGGUAAGUAUACGCGACAACAACAUGGUCGGGUCCAAGCUUAUUCAGUCGUAUGGACAGGGCACGUAAAUAAUACUCUUUGGCCUGUCGAUGGUCACCCAAGUCGCGAUGUAGGGUACCCAUGUGAUGGCAAGUAUGCGCGACAGCAACAUGGUCGGGUCUAAACUUAUUCAGUCGUAUGGACAGGGCACGUAAGUAAUACUCCUUGGCCUGUCGAUAGUCACCCAAGUGGCGAUGUAGGGUACCCAUUAUAUGGUAAGUAUGCGCGACGUCAGCAUGGUCGGGUCCAAGCUUAUUCAGUCGUAUGGACAGGGCACGUUCAUAAUACCUCUUGGCCUGUUGAUAGUCACACAAACGCCUAUGUAGUAGACCCAUGUUAUGGUAAAGACGCGCGACCUGCUUAAACUGUCCAUGGUCGGGCCCUGUUCGUAUCGUAUUGUCUUCAAUGAGUUUUAAAGCUACACUUAAAUACUUCAUUGCGGACACGUACUCGCUAUGAAGGCAGCAAACUUCACCAAGCAUCUCAAAGUUGUAUAAAGACUUGUACAUAUUUAGAAUAGUGUCUUUGAUGAGAGCAAAUUUCUCUUCAGUAGAGAUAAUGUUUGUAAUUCCUACAGCUAGAGUUUUUAAGUGUGGAACAAUAUGUCUGCUUCCACACACAGAAUCUUCACCCCGCGGGAUCUCUGGUAUUGCCUCGUGAAUGUACUGACUGUAUGACUUCAUUGCGACACAAGCAACCCGGGCAUUUUCAUUAGCCUCCAUUUGGUCUUUAACUAAAUGCUUGACAAUAUCGUGUACCACCUUGUGUAAACGAAUGUUGACCGAGUCAUCCUCCUUUCCGAUUAGCAACAGCGAGGACCCUUGAAUCUGAAUGCCUAUGUCCUCUUCAUCCAACUCUUCAUCAGCAUUUACAACGUAAGUGGUUAACACGUCUAACCUCAAUGGCUCUGUUGCACAAAAAGCAAAAAAAGUGAAAGCGUGCUUCAUUAUUUUAUCAGAAUCCAUCACCGCCUCAACGGCUACCCUGGUCGCUAUUGUCAUAGAGUUUGGGUAGAUAAGGUUUACAUUGGCAAGUUCCUUUUCAGUGAGUUCACGUUUGCCUUUCUCUAGUUUUUUCAAGUACCCUUUCCAGCCAAAGUCUGGAUUGGUAUUUCGCACCUUUCUCACGUACACUCCUGCGCUGGCUAGUGCAAGUGGCUGGUAAUCCAAUGCGUGGGCUACGUUUUCUCCCAUGUAAUUGUCAGUGAUUCCAGAGAGCUCGGUUAGAAGGCAAAUAGCAUCAGCAGGCUCCAUGCCUUUGCUUAUGGAGAUGUGGGAUGUGAAGGAACUAUCUGGAGGGAUACAGGAGCAAUCCUGCGUUGUGAUUAGCAGCUGGCCUUUGCCCCAAUGCUCAUUUCCCCACUCAGGAAGAAACUGACCUAUCCAAGAAAGAUUUGUGACAUUGUCAAUCACUAAGAGCCAAGAUGAGUAAAGGUGAAUUUUUGCCGCAAUUAAAUCUUUGAUAAUCGCUAUUUUCCGUUCAUUAUUGAGAUCCUUGGAGUUUUCGGUGGUAUUAAUAGUACACUCAGGGCACUGCAUUUUUCUUGCCAGUGACUGGUAUGAUGUUAAAAGCGCUUCUGGGUUUUCAGCAUUUAAAGUCAUUACAAAUGACGGAGCAGUUGUGUCUUUGUUGGCUUCUUUGUAGUAUUUCCCAGCAGCGAGUCUAGCCAGCUGGGAUUUGCCACUCCCUGGAUUGCCUGAAAUAUAACAAUAACGUAAAGUGUUCCCGUUAGCCUUUCUUAAGUUUAACAGCUUCUGUGUUACUUUAUCAACAUGGUAAUCGCGACUUGCAAUCAAAUGGGGAGGUCUGGGUGGAAGGACGCAAAAUGGCUCUACUUUGCGCUGUAGUUGCUCUUCAAAGACCUUGCGUUGCUCUUCAGUAGUUUUUAGCAUGUCUUGAAGUUCCGCUUUCUUCCCUUCAAACUUGUCUUUUUCUUCUUGAAAUUUAGAAUCUUUUUCUUGAAGUUCCGCCUCUUUCGCCUGAAGGUCUUGAGUAAGUUUCUGAUUGCUUGUCUUCACAUUUUGCAAUUCAUCGGUGGGAAAAGUUGUCUGCUUACUUACUGUUUGGAUUUCAACAGCAGACAGGCCGAGAGCUCGAAAUGCUGUCUCCACUUUUGCAACGGUGAUUUUGAAGUCUGCAUUUGAGAACUGACCUUCUGUCAUGUGAGCGUAGUCUUCAUUUCGAAACUUUCUGAGAUCAUCAACAUUAAUUUUGAUCAGUGGACUCAGUCCAUGGCCCGCAAUAGAAUCAGAAUACAGGAUGGCAUAAAAGAGCAUAGUACAGUCCCAUUGAGCCCUGUCUCCAUUUACCAUUGUGGCUAACAGUCGGGCAUUUUUUCUUUGAUUACCUGGAGGCUCACCGUUUUUAAAAUCCUGGCCAUUUUGAGGCGAGUCCUUCCAUUCUCCAAGUGUUGCCUUGUAACGAUUGUCCCAUUCCUGCUUGAACAGAAAUCGUAAAGCCUUGGGCAGCAUGUUAGUGGCUAUGUGACAAAUCCGGAAGUAAUUAAGCUCUUCUUCCGUGUAAACUUUAGAGGCCAUGCGGUAGCGGACGGGUAACAGUCUUGAAACCUGUUUGAAAAAAGUUUAAUACAAAGAAUUUACCAAAUGAAUUGAAUGGUCAUUGCCUGACACUACGUGUAUACUGCAGGGAUUAAGGGAAUUUCGGCAAUACUUUUAUUCAAUUAGAAUAGCCUAAGAGAGAAAAAAUAAACAACUGUUUAGAUAGCCUAAAUAAUAAUACAUAUAUGAUAAAGAAUUUUGAAAUAACAUGGAAAUUACACAGCUGACCACAACACGUGUUGCUCCGAUCGACUUUACCGUUAACGCUGUUGCAGAACUACGCAUUUCAAAACUGAGAGAUUCUGACGAGGAUUUCAGCUUGCAGGUGCAUUAUGUAAUCAGUGUAGCAUGCAAAACAGAACGACUGAACAGACCCUUUUUCGCGAUCUCACCCGACGGCUAUGCAAGUCUGCUAAUGCAGUCUUCAACUUGUGCUCUUAGUAUGGAAAGACAUUUUCUAAUACAACAAAGUCAGUUUCCAAAUACUUUAAAUCUUCAUCUUUAGAGGCUACUAUCACACAAAUUUCGCCAGGAAGUGGUAACGAUUAUAAUGGUUUUGGUCAUUAUUAAUGCAUUGAAAGCAUUAAACCUUGAAAAAUUUGGCCCAACGUUUCAAGUUUCACUCCAUGUCCAGACAGGUUUAAUACCUAGUUAUACCGGAGCUCUCGCGCGCGAAGCGCGCGCAGCGGAGCACCAUGGGUGAGAAAGAUGUGGUAAACUACCCAUCCGAGAAUAUUUGGUAAUCACGUGACCGUACACCGACCGACCGCCUGACCGUCCGUCCGCACCAGGCAUACCAAUGUAAAAUAACUCAAUCAACAGGUAUGGCAAUCCAAAUGGAACUCGAGGUUAUUUUAAUGGGAAAUCGCAUAGCCACCCACGUCUCGUAAAGCAGAGACAAUUAAAGAGCCAAUGAAGACGAAAACGGAAAGCGGAAAUUGUCUCUGUAUGUAUUAAGCUUAGAUUAAUUGUCAUGUCCACAACUUUGGAAUAUAGAGCAAGAAGAACACAGAGAAAAAGAGAGAGAGGGAGGCACAGGCCAGCGAAGCUCAACGAGACAAAGGGCGACAGAGAUCUAGAGGGACAGAUAAAAAACAACGGAGACAUUUUUUGUUGGAAAAACAACAUGAAAAUUUUGUAACGGCGGUGACAAAAUGAGAAAUGCUAGCGGCCACCAAUGCAAGUCGAAAAUGAGGGGCAGUGAUAAAAAAGUGAACGGGAAAACGUACGACAUUUCCUCCAUAAAACGUGUAACUUUGUAACUUUGUAACUUUUUUCUUGCUCUAUAUUAAUGAUUUAAAUAACGUAUCGACGCUCGUCGAGCUGAUUUUAUUCGAUGAUGACACUAAUUUAUUUAUGUCUCACAAAGAUCCUGUCUACCUGGCAGCCUCACUCAAUUCCGAACUUAAUAAAUUAUCCACUUGGUUUAAGGCAAACAAACUCUCCUUAAACCUGAAGAAAACAAACCUUAUGUUAUUUAAGCCUAGACAGAAAAGGUAUCAUUUUCCAAUGCAAACAUGCAUAAAUGAACAGAGAAUCGAACAGGUUAAGGAAACGGUCUUCCUCGGUGUAGUCCUUGAUGAACAUCUGUCUUGGAAACCGCACAUUUCUCAAGUAGCUCGUAAAAUCUCGAAAUCAAUAGGAGUCAUUAAUAGAGCAAGAUUUUUUCUACCUAAACCCUGUCUAAAAACUCUUUAUUAUUGUUUAGUUUAUCCUUAUCUUCAUUAUUGUAUUAUUGUCUGGGGAUCUACGUACAAAACCAGUCUUCGCCGUCUUGUCUCUUUGCAAAAGCGAGUUAUCAGAAUUAUUUCUAAAUCAACUUUCGAUUCUCAUUCAGACACUAUUUUCAAAGAAUUAGAGCUACCAAAACUUUCCGAUAUUAGACAACUAGAAUUGGGUAAACGUAUGCUUUCUCUUAACCAUUCUCUUUUGCCUUCAAAGUUCAACAAUUAUUUUUCUUUAAACAAACAAGUCCAUAGCUAUGCCACCAGAUACGCGAAAGACUUUCACCUUCCUUUUUGGAGAACAAACCUUCGUUAAUUUUCUGUCAGUUUCCAAGGACCUACUUAUUAUUACUCUAUGGAAAAUGAUAUUAAAGAAUCUAAUUCUCUCCACUUAUUCAAAACGAAAUUGAAGAAAAAUUAUUUAUGAAUCAUUAGUUAUAAAUCUUGUAGUAAAUAGUUAUCAUUCUUCACAUGUCUGAUAUUAUUUUUAUACUUAUUGUUACAUGUACCAUACUUUAUAUUUUGUCAACUCAGUCUAUGUAAUUAGUUAAUUUAUACUUACCUUCAUUGUAUUUUACUUUCGAUCCUGGCCUUACUGUUACUGUUAACUUUAUUUUUACUCUGGGGGAGCCCAAUGUCUAUAAGCCUCAUGGUUCCUUUUGGGCUUCCUCGCCACUUUCAUUUGCUUUUGUGUAACUGUCUUGUUUUAUCGUUAUUUGUAUUUUGUGGUAAAUCAAAUAAAGUUACAAAGUUAUUUGGGACAAAUGAUAAUGGAAAGAUGGGAUACGAAGGGGCAUAUGCAACGUUUUUGACAAGCCAUUAGGGAGCUUUUGAGCGACUCAACCGGAAGUAUGGCCUCUUCCCUUUUUAUAUGCCCUUAUGCUACCAAAAUUGUAUUACUAAGUUUUUUUACUCUUAACGAGACGACUUACUUGAAAAUUUGGGCAAAACCACGGCCCAGAAUGCAAAAAGCCCACUUCCGGUUGACGUGCAAAGUUAAAAGAGUACUGACCACUGGGGGAAGGAAGACCAUUGUGGCUGGUAUCGGUGGUUAAGUUUCUCGUGUGCGGUCAAAAAUGCGACGUGUAGUUAUGAGAUAUUUAAAAGCAGUUAGACAGAGAGGUAACUUUAUCAGAGAGUUUAUAUAGGUAAUAGCAUGAUUUGUAGUGAUAUUUGCAUUGGCAUAAAUACCACCAGUGAUAUUACGAAAUUGUUAUACGUAAUUUCACGAGCCUUUAGGAGAGUGAAAUUUGAGACAAUUUUUAAAUAUCACGAGUGGUAUUUAUGCCAAAUAUCAGGUACAAAUCAUGCUAUUAUUUGUUUAUACUACUACGCACCAAAGGAUUGUAAUUUUCACAUAUAGGUAUUUCAAAUGAGGCUGAAAUACCACUGCUCUAAGCAAAUUAAAUUGCAGAAAUUUCUCAUGUAGUAGUAUAAAAGAUGGAAUCCACCAGAAAAUUGAGUAAUUUUAAUUUUCAGUGGACAAAAACGUUGUACCAGAAUAAUUGAAAGAAUAUUGCAUUCUUUUUUACAUAUUUCAAGGGCUUAAGAUGUAAUUAGUCAUCUGUAAUAACACCAAAGAAAAUUUCUUAUGAGAGUCCGAGAAAAUGAGUGUCAAAUUUCACAAGAAUUGUAAAAACACAGGUAAAACUCUGAAACUUCAUUUGUAAGAUGACAUCUUGUGAAAUUUGACAGCUUUUUUCUCGGACUCCCAUAAGAAAUUUUCUUUGGUGUUAUUACAGAUGACUAAUUACAUCUUUAGCCCUUGAAAAAUGUAAAAAAGAAAGCAAUAUGCUUUAAAUUAUUCUGGUACAAGGUAGCCUGUUCCAAGCGUUCAGAUAGUGGAGAGCGGUGUGGAGUAGAGAAAGCGAUGAAAAGUAGAGGGGGACUGGGGAGAGAGGUGCGGGAAUACAUGAAUACUUCUCCCGCCUUCUAUUGUCUGAAAGUCUUACAUUGGGUUUUUAGUAAGAUUAUGUAUACAUAAAUUAAUUUUUGAUCUGACACACUUCGAUUUAUUCGCAAGAAAAAUAAUAAAUGCAUCGGGCUGUAACACCAGUCUUGAUUGACAAGUGAAGACCACCUACAGCUGAUGCGGUCUGACUGGGCGGAAGAGUCUAUUUAAAACAAAUCUAACAGGCGUUCCCUCUCUCACCUCUCCUCCUCCCUCGCUUUUACUUUUUCGCGCUCUCUUUUACUUUGCACCGCUCCCCACUAUCUGAACGCCUGGAACAGGCUAGGUACAUGGUUUUUAUCCACUGAAAAUUAAUAUUACUCAGUUUCGCGAUGGAUUCCAUCUUAACACAUUACUUACUUCUUACGUGUACAAUAUUCGGUUCCAGAAGGAAAACUUGCUCUCGCUGGACAAUGUAAUCGGUGUUCAACUCCAAAAUGAACAUUUAACAAUGUCAUUCGUAAUAAGCACUUAGACUUUACGUCACCGAUCACGCGAUCACGAGAUCAUACGACAUGAAACUUCCAUAUCUUGUGAAUGCAAGAAAUCUCAGCGGUUCAAGAGUCAAUAGGUGUAGGGGGGUGGGGGGAGAAUGACGGCAGCGAAAAACGCAAACGUUAGUUGGCUUUUGAACUUCAGAAUUCGGUUGUUUAUCAAAAGCGCAGUGAGAGCCUAAAGUUAUUCUCCAUCCUCACGUAAAGAUGAUGAUUAAAGCUGGAAAAUGAUUAGUAUCUGACACAGUAUUUUUAUUGCACCAGGUUCAAAAGGAACAAUAUCUUAACUACAGAAGAGCUUAUUUCAAGGACACCACAGAUGUAUUUUCAAGCGUCUUAAAGGACCUAUCGAAGACCAGUGAGCAUAUUGUCCAUGUUGAAGUUUAAUUUUAUCCUUGCUUUGAAAUUCAUUUUACUUCAUACGUGGCUUAUAUUUGGCUAUAUCAGAUAUCAGAAUGUCCAUUUAAUCACUUCAGGCGAUUUUAAAUUUUAUUGUUCAAGCCACUGACUCGCUUCUAAAUUUUUCUACGAUUGGCGCUUUAGUUUCCUCUUAUCCUUUUUGUUCCUUAGGUGCAGAAUUUAGCCUUGGUCCAAAUCCUUUUCGUGUAUUAUCCAAUAAUUCAGCGUCUGCUUCGUCAACCGCCACAAAUGUAUCAGGUAUUGAAUUUACUGGAUACUUCUUGCGCGUGUUGUCUAUUGAAAGCGGCUUACAGCAUGUUGUAACAAUAAUGGCAAUAUCAUGAUUGCUUUUUACCUGUAAUUGCCUGAAAGGGUUUUUCCACCGCGUCCAAAGUUCUUUUGCCCUCCAUGGUAGAUUUUGAUUAAUUUAGGUUUCUGGGAAACUGCCGACCUACCCCUCCCCUAAGCUAACAUUAACACUUACUUCUCAGUUAGGGCAAAAUGAUGGCUUAGGGGAGGGGUAGGUGGGCAGUUUCUCAGAAACGUAAAUUGAUCCGUAGAUUUUAUGACCCAUUACUGCUCUCUGCUCAGCCAAUGAGCUUUAAGAAUUUCGCAAAAGGCACCAAGUUUGAACAUUAAAACCCAGUGUACUGGGACAAAUGGCUACAACGCCAAGAAGAGUUCGAAGGUGAUUUCCACCCAUUUUACACAAAUUGCGGGGUGGGAGUGGGGAAGUCGCCAGUUUACUAAAUAUUGCUUUGCAGUUCCCCAACGUUUUUUUAACUCCAUUGUACAUCUACAUCAUAACUUAGCAAAGGCUGUUUAUCGCGCCGAGAACUAUAGAAAUCUUGUUGAAUCACUUGUAAGUGAUAAAGCCGACUUGAUAACAAUUUUGGUACAUUUUUGUUACCCUAGGGAUUGGCAGUUUUCAGACAAACCCUGCUGGUUUAACAGGUUCUUUGGGGACAGCAGGAACAGCGUCUCUGGGAAAUCCAUUUGGCACCACCACAGGACUCGGUAGUACCAGUCUAACAUCAGGCUCCACAUUUGGAACACCUCUCGGGACCAACACUUUAGGAGCCACGGGUCUCAGAGCGACCACUGGAUUUGGGACCCCGAGUCUUACGGGAGGAUUUGGUACCCCUGUCUUGGGUCCUCCACAGGAGAAGCUUUUGGCUCCACCGGGACAGGACUUGAGGGGACCGGUUUUGGCACCGGGACUUCAGCGUUUACUGCACAACCAAAGUUUCAACUUCAAAGGCCACCGGCUGGAAACAAACAAGACAAAAGGA